CAGUCUCUUUUUUGAUGGCAGCGGAUCUGAUGGCUGCCUAAAAUCACAAGUGGUGUUGAAAUCGGCUUUGAUCCUCGCCAAAUAUAUAUCGCUGAUACAAAAUGGCUACAGAACAGAUGACACUGAGGGCCACCCUUCAAGGCCAUGGCGGUUGGGUGACCCAGAUUGCUACAACUCCCCAAUAUCCAGACAUGAUUCUGUCUGCUUCAAGAGAUAAAACACUGAUUCAGUGGCGUCUUGUACGUGAAGAAGGAUGCUUUGGAGUGCCACACAAAAUGUUGAAAGGUCACAGUCACUUUGUGUCUGAUGUUGUUAUGUCUUCUGAUGGACAGUUUGCUCUGUCCGGAUCCUGGGACAAGACCUUAAGAUUGUGGGAUCUGAGCACCUCAAAGACAACAAGAAUGUUCAAAGGUCACACCAAGGAUGUAUUGAGUGUUGCCUUCUCCGCAGACAACAGACAGAUUGUGUCCGGAUCCAGAGACAAGUCCAUCAAGCUUUGGAAUACCCUUGGUGUCUGUAAAUACACCAUUCAGGAUGAAGGACACAGUGACUGGGUGUCAUGUGUGAGAUUCUCCCCAAAUACAGCCAACCCAAUCAUUGUUUCUAGCAGCUGGGAUAAGAAAGUCAAGGUUUGGAAUUUGACAAACUGUAAACUAAAGACCAACCAUUUUGGUCAUGCUGGCUACUUGAAUAAUGUUGCUGUAUCACCCGACGGUUCUCUGUGUGCCUCUGGAGGCAAGGAUGGUAAUGCUAUGCUGUGGGACUUGAACGAAGGCAAACAUUUGUACACACUUGAUGGUGGUGGCAUCAUCAACUCUCUCUGCUUCAGUCCUAACAGAUACUGGCUGUGUGCAGCUACUGGUCCUAGCAUCAAGAUCUGGGAUUUGGAAGGCAAAGUUGUUGUAGAUGAACUGAGACAGGAAGUAAUUGGUACAAGCAGCAAGGCUGAGCCAGCCCAGUGUAUUUCACUUGCCUGGUCUGCUGACGGACAGACACUUUUUGCUGGCUACACAGAUAACAAUAUUCGUGUCUGGCAAGUCUCCAUGGCGAUGAGAUAAAUAGACAUUAAAUUAACAGAGAAAAAAAAUGGAAGAAAUUUAACAUCAUUGGUUUGUGGGAAAUUGUUCUGUAAGCCAAGCGAUAUUGCAGUAAAGUUACUGUAAAACAGA